GGCGUCACGGCCGCGUUCAACCGGGGCAAUUCCGGCCCCGCCUACCAUCGGCUUCCACCGGCCUCCGUGACUGCUUCACCCCGCCGGCGAGACCUGCCCGUUGCGCACUCCCCGGCCCAGGCGGAAGACUAAAUAGGCACGUAGCCACAAACAAUUACCUAAAAAUGUGUCCCAGAUUUCCCUGGCACAGUUCCUUAAGUCUCGACUAUCCUUCGUCCGUACUUCUCAACAGUUGUAUCACCUUCACAGCACAUCCGCUAAGACGCUACCCCGUGACGUAAGACUUGGCUUUCACCACAAUGAGCCGCUUCGCAUUGUGGACCUGCUGACCAUCUUUGGUAUCCUGAUUCCUGUGCCUUGGUGAGACGGAGGGGGGAGAAGAAGACGAAGAAGAGGGGGCUUCGAGGUCCUUUUUGUGCUUUUAGAAUGCUUGUUGUGUAUCGAUCGAGGCUAUCUGUACAUCAGCUCACUCUCACACUAGGCUGUCUUUGCCAGUCCAGCCCCCUUGCCCUUUACCUCACGCCCCCUCCAAUCCGUACCGUAUCUCACAUCUUUCGAACGAGGCGCUGUGAUCCUGGAAUACCUGGGGUUUGACUGGGUCUUCCCCGCCAACGCUUCCCAUCGUCUGGUGGGGCACGUCUUGUGCGCAACGCAACGCCCGCGCCAGUACAAGCCAGACUCAAGGUACUUCCUGAAGCCGUCUGGAACACGAACCAAAUUGAUAAGAGGACGGCGCUUUGUCCCUUUUUUACUUUAUCCUGUCCCAACCCCAGCUUCUGGAAGCUGAAUCUGACUCUCUUCCUCCCAUUUUCACAUUCUGCAACUACCUUGCCUGCCUCUGCCUCUCUCAUGUUUGUUCAUGAGUGGUGUGACGUGAUUGACCAGAAACAAACAAGACACCACCCACCAUAAUACACCCAGAAGCUAUCUUGCCUACCUUGACACCGUAGACAAGAAGAAACACAAAAUCAAGACAAUUGUACACCGAGGCCACUCCAAGACCAGAAACGAGAAUCAACACGCAUCAUGGGCUCAACCCACGAAACAGACCUGGUCCUCACCCAGCCAACCCCAGCAGAGCGCCUAAAAACCUACACCUCAACCUACGCAAACUGGGGCGCCGCCCUCGAGCUCCAAGAAUACAUCCGCCGCGAAUCCUACAUGACCACCGUCCCCGUCUCCCGCAACGGCGGCAUCACCCAAUGGAUCCUCACCGACCCGACCUUACCCCCCGACGCCCGCCCCAUCCUCUCCUCCUGCGAGAGCAUCCGCAAGACCGUCCUCGUCGCGAAGCCGGACGGCACCGUCGUCGACGCCAUCACCCACGCCGUCGGCUCCGUCUUCACGGACCCGGCGUACCGCGGCAACGGGUACGCUUCUGUGAUGAUGAACCUCGUGGGCGCGCGGCUCGCGCGCUGGCAGGGCGCCGAGAUGAAGAGCGGUGAGCGGUGGGGGGAUAUUCGGGACGGGGAGGUCGCGUGCUCGGUGCUGUAUUCUGAUAUCGGGAAGAAGUUUUAUGCCAAGCAUGGGUGGCAUCCGUAUGAGAGUACGCACCUCGAGUUCCCGCCGCAGGCAUCGCCGCCACCCUCGGACGCGGGAGAGGGGGCGGUGGGAGCGGUGCAAGUUGAGGCCUCGCCGUUGGGGUACCAUGAACUAGCAGAGCUGUGUUCGGUGGAUGAGCGUCUCAUCCGGGCGAAGCUCGCCAAGAAGAGCAGCAAGACCCGCGUGUCCCUCAUUCCGGACCUGGACGCCAUGCUCUGGCACCUGAUGCGCGAGGACUACAUGACUAAGCACAUUUUUGGUCAAACGCCCACAGUCCGCGGCGGGGUCGUAGGCGAGCACGGGUCGCGGGUAUGGGCUGUGUGGACGAGGGGUUACUACGGCGGAUUGAAGAAGCCCGAGGGGAAUACGAUGCAUAUCCUGCGUCUUGCGAUCGAGGACGAGGAAGGGAGCGGGGAUGAGUAUGUGCAGGGGGCUAUUGAGGCACUCCUGAGAUUGGCGAGGGCGCAGGCGGCGGAGUGGAAGGUGAAUGGUGUCGAGAUGUGGAAUCCUGAGCCUAGGGUGAGGGGGUUGAUUGAAAAGGCGGGCAUUCCGCAUGAGUUCAUCGAGAGGGAGAAUGAUAGCAUCGCCAGCCUCAUGUGGUAUGGCCAAGGAGAGGUUGAGUGGGUGCUCAAUGAGAAGUUUGGCUGGUGCUGACCGAUUGGUCACAUACUUUGCAUAUAAUUAGCAGGCUUAUACAAG